UGAUUAUUGUAUGUAUAUGAAUUGGUGUUUGUGUGCAUACAUAAUCUAAGACUGUCUUCUUAGUUAUACAUAGCAAUUAGCAUUAGAAUUGUGUGUGUGUUGGCUGCAUAAUGGAAUUCGUUCCGCCGCCAAGAGGCGUUGGGGAUCCCAGCGCAAUUAUUGAUAGGUUGCAGGAGUGGAAAGUAAUAGGCGAUAGUGUGGUUAAGGGUUUAGUCGAUUGCUUCUCGGACAUUGAAUCUCGGGAGGAGAAUUUGAGAUCGCUUAGCGAGUCGUUUGAGAUACAGAUGGCGGAGAAGAAGAGAGAAUUGGAUUGUUUAAACGAAGGGAAAAUGGAGGCGUUGAAGUUGAGGGAGGAGGAGUUGAGGUCGCUUGGCAAGUCGUUUGAGAUGCAGAUGGCGGAGAAGAAGAGAGAGUUGAAUUGUUUGCACGAAGGGAAAAUGGAGGCGUUGAAGUUGAGGGAGGAGGAGAUGAGGUCGCUUAGUGAGUCGUUUGAGAAGCAGAUAGCCGAGAAGAAGAGAGAAUUGAAUUGUUUACACGAAGGCAAAAUGGAGGCAUUGAAGUUGAGGGAGGAGGAGUUGAGGUCGCGUAGCGUGUUGUUUGAGAUGCAGAUGGCGGACAAGAAUUGUUUACACGAAGGGAAAAUGGAGGCGUUGAAGUUGAGGGAGGAAGAGCUGAGGUCUCUUAGCAAGUCGUUUGAGAUGCAGAUGGCGGAGAAGAAGAGAGAAUUGGACUGUUUGCAUGAAGGAAAAAGGAAGGCGUUGAAGUUGAGGGAGGAGGAGCUGAGGUUGAGGGAGCAGAAGUUGGAUGACCAGCUGGGGUUGGUUAAUGUGCAUAUCCAGCAAUUGGAGGCGUCGCAGGCUGAGGUGGAUGGUCUGCGGGUGAAGGAGUGCGAGAGGUUGAAGGAGAUUGACAAGAGGGAAAGAGAAUUGGAGAAACGAUUAGGGGAGUUUGAGAAGAGGGAGAAGGAAUUUGAUGCGUUCUGUGAUGGGAAAUCGAGAGAUCUGGCUUUGAAAGAGGAGAUUUUGGGGAAGGAGAAAGCAGAGUUGGUUGAGGAGGUUAGGUUAGCAAAUGAGAAACAGAAGUUGGAGUAUGAGUUUAUUGAGAGGUCGCAGGCUGAGGUUGAUGGUCAGCGGGCGAAGGAGUGUGAGAGGUUGAAGGAGAUUGACAAGAGGGAAAGAGACCUCGAGAGGCAAUUAGGGGAAUUUGAGAAGAGGGAGAAGGAAUUUGAUGCAUUCUGUGAUGUGAAAUUGGGAGAUCUGGCUUUGAAAGAGGAGAUUUUGGAGAAGGAGAAGGCGGAGUUGGUUAAGGAGGUUAGGUUAGCAAAUGAGAAAAUUAAUGAGAAGCAGAAGCUGGGGUAUGCGCUUAUCGAGAGGUUGGAGUUAGGAGUGAAAAUGCUAGGUGACAUGAAGAUGAUUAUGGCUGAGAAGUUUAAGGAGCUUGAGUCAAGGGAAGAGGCGGGCCAUGAAUCUCUCACUGCGAGUUUGAAUGAAGCUGAGCUAAUUCGAGAAUCAUUGGAGAAAAGGUUCAAAGAGCUUGAGAGCAUUGAGAAAGAGCUUAAUUUGUCUCAAGAAGAUGAUAAAACAAAAAAGCUGGAGUUGGGAAAGGGACAACUUGGUUAUGUGAGGACGAACGAGGCUGAGUUGAGAAGAGAAAAAUCAACUGAGCAGCAGAAGUCGAAGCUUCAAAAUAAGCCUGAAGAAAAGAAGCAAGAACAUGAAUUGCAGCAAGUGAAUUUGGUUUCUUGUAAAAAGGAACAUGUCGAUAAAGAGCUCGAUUCUGCGGAAAAGAGUUUGAGUUGUAUAAGAGAAUCCACCACACAAUCUUGUGCAAAGGAAAAUCUUGCAUUAAGCAAGCUAGAUCAGCCCCAUCAACAAUCUGUAGGGACUGAUGCUGGGCUAGUUGCAGAUAAAGAGCAACAUGUUUGCAAGCCGAGAGAAGUAGACUUGAAGGAAAAGCUAAAUGGUGUUCAUUUUAAAGAACAAGGAUCAAAAGAAAAAAUGGUAAUUGAUGUUUGUUUAACUACUAAACAAAAUGAACAAGUAGACUCAAAACUUGCACUGCAGAAGAACCAUUUAGUAGCAUUGAUUAGGUUUCCAGAGAAAGACUUGGAAUUAAUGGGUCAUAACUGUUAUAAAAUCCUAUCAAUAUCUUCUGAUCCAGCAAAACUAGUUAUAGAAGCACUGCAAGGGUUUGAGGAAAUCCGUUUGGGGACGCUUGAUAUGGAGAGGAGAGCCACAAUUCUUUUGUUAGAUCAAUUAGCCAAACUGUCACCUAAGAUUCAGCCUUGUGUUAAACAAGCAGCAACUAAACUUGCUAGUUUAUGGAAGUCGGAAACAAGUAUUUGGGCUGAACGUCCGACAGAGGCAUUAGCAUUCUUGCAUCUCUUGGCAGUAUAUGGUAUAUCCUCUUCUUUUGACAGAAGUGAGCUAUUAAGAUUUCUGAAGUUGGCUGAAAAACAUAAACAUACUCCUAACUUGUGUCGCACCUUGGGUCUCGCCGAUAGAGUUCCUGGUUAUAUCAAGGUAUUAAUGAAUGAGAAGCACUUUCUUCUUGCAAGCACAUACAUUUAUGAAUAUCAGCUUCAGGACAUGUUUUCACAGUCAGAGAUCCUCAAUUAUUAUGCAUCACAUUGCAAGAAGUCAGCAAAUGCACUAUGUAGAAGGGAACAUAACUCUUCUGCAGCACAGGAGAAGGCGAAUGCAGCUGAGAUUGCUGCUCUGCGUCUUGGAAUUGAACAUAUUGUCAAGUAUGGGCUUGAAUCUGACUACUCCCCAAUCACCUUCACAGCAAGAAUAAAGCAAUUAGAAGCAUAUCAAGCUGGCUUGAGACGGAGGAUUCCAUCACCCUCGGCUAAUAUUGAAAAACAUGGGAGAUGCAAUGGAUCCCAGGAGACGAGUAAGUGGGCACGACGAAAACGUUGCCGGGAAGCCAACAAAUCUGUUGCCUUCUCAAAUCCUCAAAUGACGCCUAACCGUGGUUCGAAUAAUUGCUCUUCCGCUGACUGGAGACAGCCUCCUCAACAUCAGUCAAGCCAAAUGAAAACAUGUCAUGCUGCUCCUGCAUAUCCUUGGGAUUUUGUAAACUUGGAUCCGUUCCCCCAGUCAGACGGUCCUCGCAAAAGACCUCGGGCGAAUACCUGGGUGAGAGAGGGUGGCUCACAUAUAGGGAAGGUUGCUAACCAAUGUUAAUACCUGAUGGAAAAUUAGCAUUGUCUAUUUUUGUUGAUGGGUGAGUUUACUACCUCAUUCCAUCAAUCCUUUUAACUUGAUGUUGUAAAUUAGUUGGGCAAAAGUGGGUGGCGACAUCUCUAAUCUUACUAGGAUGACUUUUCUGGCAUUAGCAACCACUAUGCGAUGUAUGUUUUUGUUUCAAACUUUUAUUUAAGAGAUGUUGGCGCUUAUAUUCACAA